CCUAUUUUGUUGCGCUCCAGUCUGGUUUCCGGAUGUACCCGGAAGUUCUUCACUCCACCGCGAAAGGUCAAAAUGGCGGCUUGCUGCAUGUGAACGGGUCAAACGGGUGCCGGGAAACAUGUAUAAAGGGCCAUGUAGCAGACUGUCAGGCCUAAUUGGUGCAAGUGUAAAACCGAAUAUCGUUCAAAAGGCUCCGCAAUGGCACAGAACCGCCCGAAAUCUGAUACACUGGCACAGGAGAGAUACGUCUAGGCUGUCGACUUAUCAGCAUCUCAGCUUUCUUAAACGCCAGUAUGUAACAAAAAACAACAAUGAGCUUCAUCAACGUGCCGUCCCUAAACAGAGACCCCUUGCAUCUAUUGUGGAUGAAAGUGAUAAUGGUGUUGAUAGACAGGCAGAAAGGAUACCCACCAUUGGGGUCCAAGGACAUGUGCCAGAUAGAAAAGAUGUUACCACCAUGUCACAACCUGAAGAGCUUGUCGGUACAAAGGUGCCACAUAAUCUUUCUGUAUCCAAUACUGCUGUCAAUACCAACGAGAAUCCUCACGUCUUGAUUGAGUCAGAGGAGUCAAAGGAAGCACGACUGGACAGGCAGUGGAAAAUGCUGAAAGUUGAAAUGGAGGACUUACCAAGCAUUUAUGCCAAACUGGCCAAAAUCAAACUAACGGCUUUGGUAGUUACAACUGCAGCGGCUGGUUAUGCAAUGGCUCCGGUACCCUUUGAUCCCCUCAUCUUCGUUGUCUCUUCUCUGGGAACAGGCCUGGCCUCUUGUAGUGCCAAUUCCAUCAACCAGUACUUUGAGGUGCCCUUUGACUCCAACAUGAACCGUACAAAGAAUCGUCCCCUGGUUCGAGGACAGAUCAGCCCCCUCCAUGCAGUCUCCUUUGCUCUGGCCACUGGAGCAUCUGGAGUUGCUCUCCUCACAUUGGCUGUUAAUCCGUUGACUGGUUUCCUCGGCGCCCUCAACAUCUUCCUCUACACCUGCUGCUACACACCACUCAAGAGGCUCAGCAUCACCAACACUUGGGUGGGGGCAGUGGUGGGGGCGAUACCUCCCAUUAUGGGCUGGACGGCUGCCACGGGGAGUCUAGCACCAGGUGCCUUGGUGUUGGGUGCCUUCCUCUACAGCUGGCAGUUCCCUCACUUCAACGCUCUCAGCUGGAACCUGAGGGAGGACUACUCGCGCGGCGGCUACCGCAUGAUGUCCGUCACCCACCCCGACAUGUGCAGACGGGUGGCCCUGCGCCACAGCGUGGGCCUCAUUGGCCUGUCUACAGUAGCACCUGUGCUGGACCUUACCACUUGGACCUUCCCGGUCAUCUCGUUGCCCAUCAACCUGUACAUCAGCUACUUAGCUUACAAUUUCCAUAAAAAAGCAGACCGCAACAGCUCCCGCCAGUUGUUCUUCUGCAGCCUCUGGCACCUGCCCAUGCUACUGCUGCUGGCCCUCACUUGCAAGAAGCCUCGAAAAGACCCCGAGGAUGUGGCUGGAUCUCCAGCUGCUCCUUUAUCACUCACGCCGCAGAGCUAAUCUUUAAGAGAAGAGUGUUCAACUCCUCAACGACCUCGGUUUAACCAAGACACUGUCUCCAUAGAGAUCAGGUGACGGACAUGCGAUUGAACCUGUUUAUUUAAGUCGGUCACAUUCACACAUCAGGAAGUGAUGAAAGGGAUCAACGCAGCUAAUUUACCAUAAAACACACAGACUUAUUACAUUAGCCUGUAAUAUUUCAUUCUAUGUGUGUGUGCACUGUACAUAUAUAUCCUGUAUUUAUUUGCACAGACACCCAACUGUUCCUCUGUGUGCUGUAAAUGACAAUAAUGUUCGUUUAUUUCUUUUGAUCCACAGCAGUUGUUUGGUAUGUGCUUUACCCGAUGCAUUGUGCUAAUGCUAAAUAAAGAUCAUGUCUUAGCAACAUUUGAAAUAUGAUGUAGGAAAGUUAACACUAACCAGUUGUUUUCUUUCAGCAGAUUGACGACUCUUCAUCAGCAAGGCUUUGUGUAUCCUGAAAGUAAAUGCAGCAUCAUAU